AUCGAUAGCAAUUACUUGAAUCGUCACCACCGCUGGUUGAACCGUCGCAUCGGAGUUGGGUCCCGCCGUAUAUUCUUCACUCACCACCUUCUUCUGCGCCAAUGGUGGUUGCAAACAUCCAAAUCACAAUAAAGAUAAAAGUGAGAACGCCACGACAAUUCUGGACAAAACGAACCCAUACCCGGAUUUCAAUUUCGGGUCCACCCGUUUCUUGAAGGCUCUUUCCUCUGUAGCCUGUAGUCCCCUUGUUUUGAACGUUUCCCAUUAAGUCAAACAUCGUCGCUUUCAAAAUAUUUAUAUAAUUCCUCCAAUCGCGUGCAUAUAAGAGAAAACUGUUUGUAGAACUAGAACUUUGCACCCGUUUUCAAAUUUGGUAUCCUUUUGACAGUUGACUCAACAUUUAAUGAGUACCCAGGAUUAGGCUUCAAGAAGGUGAAGAUUUGCGAAAAUGAAAAUGAGUUGUUGCAGUGAGAUUGAAGACGACUUCUUCGAUGCACGCGAGGUGUUUGUUUCAAUGUCUGACUCAGAUUCCGAACGUUACUCCGACGAUUGUUGUACUUCCGGGUAUAAAUACGAUUCAUGGAUUGGUAAUCUUGAUAGCGUCGACGAACGUCGCAAUAAGUUCAUAAGAUCCAUCGGUCUGAGUUCUAAAUGGCUCGUAAGAGAUGAAGAAUCCGACGAGACUUCCGAUGAGAAAACAGAAAACCCUAAACCCGCCGCCGACCAACAAAUUCCAGACCUUGAAGAUGCGUUUCUGAUCCGACAGCCUUCUUUAUCCAUUUGGUCAAAUCCCACCAUCGAAUUACCAAAACCUGAUUUAGUAAUCGAGAAUUUUCAAGAAGAAUCAUCAAUGAAUCAAUCAUUCGACUUCGGUUUAUCUUCAUCUUCUCAAAAAGAAACCAUAAACAGUAGUUUAUUAGACAGAAGAAAGAAAGUAAAGAAAGGUUGGCUUCAUAAACUAAACAUCAUCUCUCGACUCACAGAUCAUGAAUCAGAAUCAACGGUAUCAAACGGUGCCACGUGUACUCUUUCAGUUCCUGUUCACACUAACAAAAAGAAAUCAAAAGAAUUAUCAUCACUUUACGCCACCCAAGAUUUCGAAGCACAUAAAGGGUCGAUUUCGGUUCUUAAAUUCAGUCACGAUGGUAGAUAUUUAGCGAGUGCAGGUGAUGAUGGAAUUGUGAAAAUUUGGGAGAUUUCUGAACAUGAUGAUCCAAGAAAAUAUGAAAUUAAAGGGAAUGACACGUCAUCAUUAUACUUUUCAAGUAAUCAUUUAUCUGAAUUGGCGCCAAUUAAAGAGAAAAAUAGGAGGAUUAGGAAAUCAUCUGAUUUGGCUUGUGUUAUUAUACCACCUAAAGUGUUUCGGAUCUCGGAGAAACCGGUGCAUGAGUUUCAUGGUCAUGAAGGCGAAAUCUUGUCCCUCUCGUGGUCGAAAAGCGGGUGUCUUUUAUCAUCAUCCGUGGAUAAAACUGUGCGUAUGUGGAAAAUCGGAUACGAUGAAUGCCUCAAAGUUUUCACUCAUAACAACUACGUGACAUGUGUAGAAUUUAACCCCGUGGAUGAAAACUAUGUGAUUACUGGAUCCAUAGAUGGAAAAAUACGAAUUUGGGAAGCCCGUAGAAGCCAAGUCAUCGACUGGAUUGAAAUUAGAGAUCUCGUGACUGCUAUUUGUUAUUAUGCCAAUGGAAAGGGAUGCAUUGUGGGAACAUUAGAUGGAAAUUGCAGUUUUUACGAUAUCAUAGAUAAACGAUUGCAUCUGGACGCUCAAAUUUGCGUAAUGAGUAAAAAGAAAUGGCCGAGACGAAUAACCGGAUUCCAAUUUUGCCCCACCGACGCCAGAAAAGUUAUAGUUUCAUCGGCCGAUUCACAAAUUAGGGUUCUUUGUGGAAUCAACGUCGUCGGAAAAUUCAAAGGAAACCGGAGUUCAGGAAGCCAAAAGUCGGCAUCUUUCACGGCGGACGGAAAACACAUCGUUUCAGCCGGAGACGACUCCAACAUCUACAUCUGGAACCAUGUCAGCUCCGAUAAGCUCGACGCAAAACCCAAAAGCAACGUAUCGUACGAAACUUUCUUCUCCCAGGACGCCUCGGUGGCCAUACCGUGGUGUGGGAUUAAAACCAUAGCGGCGGCGUUUCCGUCACCGAGAUUAAUCAACACCGCCGACGUUCCUCCGAGAAGCAGGAUAGAUUCACCGAGAAUCCCGUCGUCGGGUAUAAACCGGAGUCAUUUCUUGGACUCAUUGUUGAAGACUCCGGCGACGUGGCCGGCGGAAGCGCUGCCGCAUCAGACUCAAGUUUGCGUGUCGCCGUCGAUGCGGAAGUCGGAGUACAGGUUUCUGAGAAGCGCGUACCGGAAUACUUUUGUGGCGCCGCAUACGUGGGGUUUGGUGAUUGUGGCGGCGGGUUUGGAUGGCCGGAUUCGGACUUAUGUCAAUUACGGGUUACCGGUUCGGGUUUAAAUAUUGGAAGUAUGUGUGUAAAAAAAAAUUGGUAUAUUAGUUAUAUAGUACAUAUAAAUAUAUAUAAUACAAUUAUACAUAUACAAAAUUGUGAUUUUUGUAUACUUUCUUGUACUGGUAGACAUGAAACCCAAUUUCAAGACUAAUAUGUUUUGAGUGAUA